AAGUAGUAUCAUUGUGAGGUCCAGCAACAGAUGGCGACGACAGGAGCGGUUCAAAUCUGCCAGGGUGGAUGUUUUGAUGUCAGAGUCCCGGCCUACUCCAGACUCUUGGUUUCUAAUGUUGGAUUUGGAAAAAAAACAUGCCAUCCGAGUUUUAUUAAUAAUUUACUUUUUAUAGCUGUUAUUUUCUUUGUUUUGACUUCCUAUUUCUGCUGGAGGCCUCAAAAAGCCUCGUUCUAGAUUUGGCGAUAGACGGACCCCAGCGUAAGGAGACGUCUGGAGUAUUGUUCGGAAAGUUUCCUAAAAUGUAUUUAAUCAGGAAGGGCGAGGUCGGCUUUAGCUAGCUACAGAUAUAUGCACUACUCGGACUUGGCAGCGAUAAGUGUGAAGCUUACGCCCAGAGUUUGGAAUGGGGAACACGGUGUCAUGCUGCGUCUCUUCGGAGUCGAGUCCCAAACUCCCUUCGAGGCAACCCGCCGAGCGGCUGGAGGAGUUUCAUACCAGCACCGAAGUGAGCGACGACAACACCGGGCCCUAUCUGCAGCAUAUAAGCGACAGGGAGGUCCCUGAUGAGCUGGCCUUGGAAUCUAAUCCAUCGGACCACGCCCGAGCAAGCACCAUCUUCCUCAGCAAGUCCCAGACAGACGUGCGCGACAAGAGAAAAAGCAACCACAUAAACCAUAUGAGUCAUGUUUCUCCUGGUCCCCCGUUAAAGAAGUACAGCUCCUGUUCUACCAUCUUCAUAGACGAUAGCACCGUGAGCCAGCCAAACCUCAAAAGCACAAUUAAAUGUGUCACUUUAGCAAUAUACUACCACAUCAAAAACAGGGACUCUGACAGGUCACUGGACAUCUUUGAUGAGAAGUUGCACCCUUUAUCAAAAGAGCCAGUGCCAGACGACUACGCAUAUCUGGACCCAGAACACAAACUGAUCUAUCGCUUCGUCAGAACACUCUUCAGCGCUGCACAGCUCACUGCAGAAUGUGCCAUCGUCACACUUGUCUACCUAGAACGUUUGCUGACUUAUGCUGAGCUGGACAUUUGUCCCGCCAACUGGAAGCGUAUCGUCCUGGGAGCCAUCCUGUUAGCCUCCAAAGUCUGGGAUGACCAGGCUGUGUGGAACGUUGACUACUGCCAGAUCCUUAAAGACAUCACUGUGGAGGACAUGAAUGAAAUGGAGCGGCAGUUCCUGGAACUCCUCCAGUUUAAUAUCAACGUGCCAGCCAGUGUUUACGCCAAGUACUACUUUGACCUGCGGCAGCUGGCUGACGACAACAAUCAGAACUUCUUGCUGGAGCCCCUCAACAACCAGCGUGCUCAGAAACUAGAGGCCAUUUCAAGACUGUGUGAAGACAAGUACAAGGACCUGAGUAAAGUAGCAAUGAGACGAUCCCUCAGCGCAGACAACCUGAUAGGUAUACGACAUUCAAACGCUGUGCUCUCAUAGACCCCCCCGCUGCUGGCCGUGACAUCUCCACAUCUCAGCGAACCCACAGCCGACACCAGACAAACCUACAGAGUCAAACGGGGGUUCUGCCCAUCGUGAGCAUGACCCGCUCAUAGGAGUUUGUUACAGCUUUAUUAUUGCAUCUUUGAUGAAGCUGACAUUAUGGCUUCUCACCCAAAUGAUUGUCAGCGAUUCGUUUUGCAGAUUUGUUAGUUAUGUCCUAACUCUCUCUACCCAUAAACUGUUCAAAGUAAAGAAACAAUGAAGUUUUAAUUGUGACAAAAAACAGCAUUAGUUAAAAACAUUUAACCUGUUCCUUCUUGGUAGUUGAGGCUAGGGCUGAUUAAUAUAAUCUCCAGAAGGAAUUAUGUGGAUCUGGACGACUGUUUAAGCUCAACUGGUGAAAUUAUUCAGAAGAAAACUUCAGAAUGUCUGUAGAACAAAACCUGUAAUAUCUUUUCAACAGGACGGAUCCGUUCCUCAAUGUUCUUUUUAUUUAUCAAAUAACCACAUCUCUUUAUCUUUAGUUUUUUACAGCCUACAUUUUUCAUAAUUGUGUGAAAUUAACAUUGGAAAUGUGGGUUUUUUACUUAAUUUUUACAAACAGAUUUUACCGCUUUGGCUUCACACAGAGGGUAAAGUUCAUGUGUUAAUUGUAUCCAAAUAUAUUCACUGAUUAUUUAUUGUAUCGCUGAUCUUCAGGCAUUGGUACUCAGAAAAGCUUCACAGCACUGAGAAAUAUUAGCUUUUUGGAACAAUUUUCUGAAUUUGUUCUGAAAUUGGUCAUUUUAUCAUUUUAACUGGAAUAGUUAAAGAGGCAUUCUUUAUUACAAAGUACCUGGAAAAGUGCUAAAUUACCCUUUUAUUCUUUUUAAAUAUUUCCAUGUCUUCAUAUAUUUUAGUGGUCAUGAUCAACAGUUCUCCUGGCUGUCUUUAGACUAAAGUCUUUUUCUUUUGACAUUUUAAAUCCUGCUAGACGAGUUGUGGGGUUUUUAUUUCUUGAGCCACUUAACACUGACCUUAACUUUAAUAUACAACUAACCUAAGUUAAUAACUGUUGUUGUAUUAAAAAGUAAUGGAAAAAAAUUCAA